AUGUAUAACAACAAUACUCAACUUUGCACACCAGGAAAGUGGCUGCAUGAGACAGAGGCGCCGCCGAAUACCGAAGAAGGUGCCCUGUAUCUAGGCUACCGAUGCGACACACACCUUGGUUUUACAGUCCGAAGCUACAACGAUACCCCUGUUUGCAUACUCCAGUUCUCCACAGAAGUCACCUAUGCCGAGGCUAUCUCAUCUUGCAGGUCCUUCAACUCCUACCUGUAUACCACGAAAACUUUGGACAAAUUCUACCUGUUGCAGACCCUUGUGACCAACUGGCUGUGGGUCGGUUUGGAUGAUAUUCAAACUGAGGGGAAGCUGGUAUGGGUGGACGAUGGUCAAGAGCUGGACCCUGAGUUAAUUUCCAACAUAUUUUCACCUGGCGAACCUAAUGAUAUCAGCGGAUUUGAGGACUGCACGGAAAUAUUCAUCGGUUCCCUGACUCUUAAUGAUAAUAUUUGCGAUAAAUAUUUCCGUUACGUUUGUGAACAGAGAAUGUGA